AUGGAAGGGGACGGAGAAGCUGAGGGCCGUCUUGCCCAUCUCUGCAAUAAAUUAGGUAAGAUGAUGUAUGAGAACGAUAUGACUAUUCUUGAUGAGGAAUUAUCGGCUGAAAAACUUCAAGAGUGCCGAUUCUCUCUAGUUGGGCAGCUCUAUAAUAACCCUAAUGUCAACUUUCAAGCACUUACAACAGCUAUGAAAAAGGUGUGGAAGAAUGAGAAUGUAAAGGUGAAACUACUAGAAAAUGGGAAAAUUAGCUUUGCUUUCAGGAAUGAAGGAGAUAAAAACCGAGUAUUAGAGGGAGGUCCUUGGUCGUUUUCAAACCAUUUACUGUUGCUAAAAGCAUGGGAGCCAGACACUCCUCUCCACUAUUAUGAAUUUAAAACAUGUGCAUUUUGGGUCAGAAUUUAUGGGCUCCCUUUGGAAUGGAAUUCUGAAAGCAUGAUAAAGAAGAUUGCAAGUUCAAUGGGGAGAGUUUUGGAGGUGAAAACAGAUGCUAGAGGCCCUGCUUUUUAG